AUGACAUAUCUUCAACAAAGUGGCUAUUUGAUGAUUGCUGGUGGAACAGCUAACGGUUUGACUGGAUUAUCAUCGAUUGAUAUUUAUAAUCCAUGGACUGGUUGUUACAAUGUAUCAAAUAUGAGUGUUCCACGAAUGCAUCAUACAGCAACGUAUUAUAAUAAUUCUGAUACAAUUAUUCUUCUUGGAGGGAUUCAACAAAAUAAUAACCUUAUUUCAGAAUCUGAAAUUCUUUCGAUUAGUGGUACACAACUUUAUCAUCCAAUGAGUCAACCACGCUAUUUUCAUGAAAUUAGUAUUCUUAAUGAUUCGAAUAUUCUCAUUGUUUCUGGUCAUGGAUUAAUUAAUAACUCAGUACCAUUAGAAAUAUACAAUCAUUCUUCAUCUACAUUUCAACAAUUGACACCAUAUCAUUCACGAUUAAGAAAUCUUGAAGGCCAUUCAGUAACACCUAUUGGUACUACAGGAAAUCAUUUGAUUUUCGGUGGUUUCAAUGGUAGUUCAUAUUUUGGAGUAGGUUUGAUAUAUGACGGAACGGAGUUAACAGCAGCUGGAACACUAAAUAUCACUUCAUUGGAAACUAUGAACGAUAUAACUGGACGUGCUCAUCAUCAGGCAACAUAUAUUUCACAAAUAAAUGCAAUAUUAAUCACUGGUGGUAAUAAUGGUACACAUGCAUUGUUUGAUUGCUAUUUAUACGAUCCAGUUAAUCGAACUUUUACUCCUACUGCUUCUAUGGGAAUGCCUCGUUCGUUUCAUAAGGCUAUUCUACUUUCAAAUGGGUCAGUGCUCAUAAUUGGUGGAGCUGUAGGAAUGUCAAGUAAUCAACCAAUAACUCCAACAAAUUCAGUCGAAAUAUAUAAUCCAAUUACACACACGUUUACCAAUGCGCCUCUUAUGAAUGUUGCACGUUAUCGACAUCAGGCUACAUUAGUUGAGGAUGAAAUUUUCGUUUCUGGU